AUGUUUAAUAAAUUCAAUCAGAAUGACCAAGUCCCUGAUCUCACUAGAAACGAGUUCAUCGUUUUCUGUAAAAGCUGUGGUAAUCAAAAUCUACCACAGGAUGAUAUUACAAAAGCAACAAAUUCAAUUAAACAUUAUCAGAAACAACCAGAGUCUUUAGAGAGCUUUUUAGAUCUUAUUGCAACAGAUUCUGACAGAUUUGUUCGUUUUUAUUCUGCUCAAGGUUUAAUUGAAUGGGUCAAAUCUGAUUUUGAGUUUAAUCAGGAUCAAAUAGAUCAAAUAAUGAACUUGCUUAUAGAGAAGUAUAAUGAGAAUGAAUCCCUUCAAGAAAGACAUGAUUUUGCAGAAAUAUUAAAUGUUAUGGCCUAUUUCACAUGCUUAUCUCCUAAUUAUCUUUCAAUUCUUAACAAUUUCAAUGCAUUUUCCCAAAUUAACUUCCUUAUUAACUUUAUUGUUGCAAUUCAUUCUGAAUAUUUCCAAACAAGGCGUAAAUCUAGUGAACUCAGAAGUAUUUUAAUAGAAAACAAAGAGGUAUUGAUUAAUUUGAUACUUCAAGCUCCAGUGUUCUCUGCUUGGUUUCGUUUAAUUCAAACAAUUUUUAAUAAUUUUGAUGAUGACGUUCCUGUAUAUAUGGAAGCCUUUCUUAAGCGGACAGAUAGCUUCACAGAAGAAUUUUAUCCAGAAGUUUUCGGAGUAAUCGAAGAAUUUUUGAAAUUUGACUUAGGCUAUGAGUAUGAUGAACUAAUUACAUUGGUUAUCCAAUAUGCUAUUAGUGUUUGCACAGAUGAGACCGAAACAGCCCUCAAAUCUUCAAAGCAUGUAAUUAGUUUUUUAGCAGAUUAUUCAUUUGAAUAUUAUGAUACGCAUAUCGAUGUAUUUAUAUCCAUAGCUGAAUCUUCUAUUGCUUUAUUGCACCAUUAUGAUGAACUUUGCGAUGAUUUGAUAAAUAAUGUAUUAAAUAUGGCAUCUAGUUUCCAACAUCUUGAAACACAUGCCGAAUUAUUGGAAUAUAGGAAAGCUUACAUCGAUGCAAUUGCUAAUUUCUUCACAGAAUAUCCAUUUUUGAUAGAUUCCAAAUUUGAUCAUCCUUUAUCAGUACUUCAAUCCUCUAACUUCCCAGAGAUCAGAUUAGAAUUACUUAAGUUCUACGAAGACAGAUUCGAUAACAUCACAUUUGGUCUUGUUUAUGUUGCUUCUUUUGUUCAAGACUGGAUGCUAGAAAAAACAGAUGUUUACAACAUAUUUUUAAAGCAAAUAUUAGCCCUUCCUGAGAUUCCUGCUUCUUCAAUGAAAUUCAUUAAACUUUUGAACAGAUUAAAUAUGCAGGACUGCGUAAAUGAAGAAAUGAUACCAACAUACAUUAAUAUUUCUAUAUCAUUCUUCGAACAAACACCUUUAGAUACAUGCCAGUUCUUAAAAUUGUUCCUUGAAAAAUUUAAAGAAAAAUGUAAAGAGUAUUUGAACGAUUUGAUCAAUUUUUUCGUUCCUUAUUUAUCAUCAAGCGAAGUAAAUAUCAAAAAAUACAUAUAUGCUAUCCUAAUUUCUUUGGCCGAUCUUCAUGGCGAAGAUGCUGAACAAUUUUUACAGAAUAUUGGCUCAGACAUACUUAACACAAUUAGUGAAGCCAUGAAUACGGAUAAUCCAAAGGAAGUAAUAGAAUCUCUAAAAAUGUUCGAUUUUAUUAUAACAAAUCAACGCAAUGAAGCCGGACCAACAUGCUUGAAGUUCUUUAACAAUCUUGCAGCGUCUUAUGUCUCCCUUGUCCAGCCAAUCCUCAUGUUUGAAAGCGAUGAUCUUCAAUCACAAUUAGCUACCGUAUUCCAUUCAUUUAUUACGAUGAAAUGGAUCACAGAAUCAGACUUCCAGUUCGUUAUCGAAUAUUCAUUGUCAGCAUUGGCAACAAAACCCAUCAAGGAGCACAUGUCAUUGCUUAUCGACACUUUACCAUAUUCUUUUAUCCCUGAUGUCACUAGUUUGCUAACACAAAUCAAUGUAAACGGAGAUGCAGAAUUAGUUGAUGAAUUUGUCAGAUUUUUGACUAAUUUUUUAGUUAACAAUUCAGUGAACUUUUGGGAACAAAUAUCACCAGAAUUUAUUCUACAUUUGUUAGAGAGCGAUAAUCCAUCAAUUUUGGAAGAAUCUCUCGAUUUAUGCAAACAAAUUUUGCUUUCAGAUUCAUUACCAGAAGGAUUUAAUGCAUCACUCAUCGAAUUUAUUAUGCAAAGAUUCAAUUCCAACUUUUCGGAGAAGAGAGUUCGCCAUAAGUUCUUCGAAAUUCUAAUGGCAAAGAAAGAAUCAGUUCCUAUUGCAAUAGAUCAAUUCCUCUCCAUUGUUGGUGAUAAUAAUGACUAUGCAGAGCAAAUUAAAGCAGAAUUAUCACGUGAAAGUCCAAAUCGCAACGUAAUUUCGACCAAUAUGUGGAAAUUGUUGCAAAACUAUGAAUUGGAGCAGCAACAACAUAAAUAG